GAGGUCGCAGAAGGACUGAAAGCUUGCGGAGCCGGCUCGAUUCGCACCCGCCCGGCCUCCUAGGGAGCCAGCCUGGCUUAGGCUGCAGCUUGUUUUAUUUUGGUUGUCUUUCCUUUUUCAUCUCGUUUGUCUUAAAACCCCCUCAGAGUUUCUUCGCGAUUUCCAGCCAUGGAGAUAGUGCAGCCCAGAGACCUGGAGCGGUACUUAAGCCUGGCCAAGAGGAGGCACGGGGAGCUGUGCCGGCAGAAACGGAUCUUCAACGCCAGGAACAGGAUCAUCGGGGGAGACACAGACGCCUGGGAUGCUCAGGUUCAUGACCAGAAGAUAAGAGAAGCAACCGAAAAAGCUAGACAUGAAACUUUUGCUGCUGAAAUGAGGCAAAAUGACAAAAUCACAUGCAUAUUAGAAGGCCGAGAAAGGAGAGAUAGGAAAAGCCUCUGUAAAGCCAUCAAUGAUUUCCAGCAGACCUUCCAGAAGCCAGAAACUCGCCGUGAAUUUGACCUAUCUGACCCCCUGGCCCUUAGGAAAGAUCUCCCAGCCAGGCAGUCGGAUAACGAUAUUCGGAAUACAUUAUCGGGAAUGCAGAAAUUCAUGGGAGAGGAUUUAAACUUCCACGAGAGGAAGAAAUUCCAGGAGGAACAAAACCGAGAAUGGUCCUUACAACAGCAGAGGGAACGGGAGAGUGCCCGUGCCCACCAAAGAUGUGCAGAGGACCUCUACUUCAAGACAAGGCUGCAGUUUGAUGAAACGGCCAAGCAUUUACAGAGUCUGGAAAGUGCCACCAGAAAGGCGGUUUGUGCAGCUGUGAAAGAAUUCAACAGGAACCAGGACAGUGACAUCUACCUAAACGGCCAUCCAGCACUGCUCUGGCAUCUUGUCUUGGUCUCACUUCUUUGUCACCUCUCUGAGCUCAUCCUCAUCAAGACCAGGUCCUGGCACUCACUAAGGGCAACAAUCAUCAUGUUGAUGAUCGGGGCUCCUGACACCUCCCUCCUCUCUAAACUCUGCGGGACCUCCUCCCAAACUCUCCACCUCCGGCCUUUUGCUCUGCCCGGUCCCUCACUGGCCUUGCUUCAAGCUCUCUCUUCCUCCAGUUAAUCAGACCCCGGCUCCAGACUUCUUUACAAAUGCAGUUCUACCUCCUGGGUGGGAUGGGGGCCACCGUGGAUUCAUUUAUCCUGUGAACUAGUUGCCCAGAACUGUGGUCUGUGGAGUAGGGCAGGCGGGACGAUGAGCUGGGGAGCAGGAAGGGAUAGGAGAACUCUGCUGCAGUGUUUUUGCAGCCUCGCCGUGUUUAACUCCCAUGUGUGCAUGUGUACUAUGAAGCACUGUUCAUGUGUGGUCUAAUGGUAUCACGCUGUGAGAUAAAUAUAUUGGAGACACAAGCUCAAAAAUGUCCUGCUGGUGGGACAUUUAUGUAAUCAAAACCUCCGGGAGAGGCGGGACCAGAGACCAGAGACCAGAGAGAAUGUUGGUUUUCAGCGGGG